CGGAGGUCGCUUCGGAGCGGGGCCCCGCCUCCUCAGCGCGCAGUGGUGCCUCCGUCGUUGCUAAGCGGCCUUGGAUACCUGGCGGCGGGAUGUUGGGCAGCGUCAGGUGAAGAUGGUGGUCACCGGGGCUCAGGUAACCAUGGAUAAGGAGGUCCGAAGCACCAUCCUUUUCAAUGCCUAUAAAAAGGAGGUGUUCACCACCAACAGUGGCUACAAAUCCUUGCAGAAAAGACUUCGCAGCAACUGGAAGAUUCAGAGCUUAAAAGAUGAAAUCACAUCUGAAAAACUAAUUGGGGUGAAACUCUGGAUUACAGCUGGGCCAAGAGAAAAAUUUACUGCAGCUGAGUUUGAAGUUCUAAAGAAGUACCUUGACAGUGGUGGAGAUAUCCUUGUGAUGCUAGGAGAGGGUGGAGAAUCCAGAUUUGACACCAAUAUUAACUUUCUCUUAGAAGAGUAUGGAAUCAUGGUGAAUAAUGAUGCUGUGAUUAGAAAUGUUUAUUUCAAGUAUUUCCAUCCUAAGGAGGCUCUGGUUUCCAAUGGUGUGCUGAAUAGGGAAAUUAGCCGAGCUGCAGGAAAGGCUGUGCCUGGAAUCAUUGAUGAGGAGAGCAGUGAGAACAAUGCACAGGCUCUCACCUUUGUCUACCCUUUUGGUGCCACAUUGAGUGUCAUGAAACCAGCAGUGGCUGUUCUGUCCACAGGCUCCGUCUGCUUCCCACUCAACAGACCCAUUCUGGCUUUCUACCAUUCAAAGAACCAAGGCGGGAAACUGGCAGUGCUUGGCUCCUGUCACAUGUUCAGUGACCAAUAUUUGGAUAAAGAAGAAAACAGCAAAAUCAUGGAUGUUGUUUUCCAAUGGCUCACAACAGGAGACAUCCUCCUAAACCAGAUUGAUGCUGAGGAUCCAGAGAUUUCUGACUACAUGAUGCUGCCGGACACAGCCACCCUGUCAGAGCGGCUCCGAGUGUGUUUUCAGGAGGGUGAUGAGAACCCACGGGACUUUACCACACUCUUCGACCUGUCCAUUUACCAGCUGAAUACAGCCUCCCUCCCCAAAGUCAUCAAGGCUCAUGAGCAGCUAAAUGUGAAACAUGAACCGCUCCAGCUCAUCCAGCCUCAGUUUGAGACACCGCUGCCAGCCCUUCAGCCUGCGGUUUUCCCUCCUAGCUUCAGGGAACUGCCACCUCCUCCUCUGGAACUGUUUGACUUAGAUGAGACAUUUUCCUCUGAGAAGGCACGGCUUGCUCAGAUCACUAAUAAAUGUACUGAAGAAGACCUGGAGUUCUAUGUCAGGAAGUGUGGUGACAUUCUUGGAGUAACCAGUAAACUACCAAAGGAUCAACAGGAUGCCAAACAUAUCCUUGAACACAUCUUCUUCCAAGUGGUGGAGUUCAAGAAAUUGAACCAGGAACAUGAUAUUGAUACAAGUGAAAUAGGAUUUCCUAACAAUUUCUGAGGACUGCCUGUUGGAGCAUUUCUGCCUCCUGAUUCUCUUUGUAUUUUUGAAUCAUUCCUCAACUCCUUACCAAAGGGUGUAUAUCCUUUAUAUCCUCUUUCCUCUAUAAACUGUGGAAAUCUGUGCCUCUUCUGCAGCAGCCAUAUAGGUAAGGUUUAUAAUCCUUAUGGAAGAGACAUUCCAUUUUUUAAAAUUAAAUCUGUGUCAAACUUGUACUUUUACAAUUUAUGAAAGUCUGUCAUUGAAGUCUUUUCUUCUGACUCCAGGAUUUGUUUCUUAUGAAAGACCUAUAAAACUCUCAAGUUUUGGGAAAUACUGCACAACUUUCUGGGCUAGUUAAAAAAUAAUACGAAAUUUAAACUCAGUGUGUUUGCCCCACUGUACCUAAGGAAAAAAAUAAAUGAGCAGUUACCUUCCUUA